AUGAGUUCACAACCAAUUGUAGAUGAAGCAGGAGAUAAACAAAUGAUGGAUGAUAACAAUAAUAGUAAUAAUAACAACGAUAAUAACAAUAACAAUAAUAAUGAACAAGUAGAUGAUGAUUUUCAAUUUGACUUUGAUGAUACAACAAAUACAAAUAAACUUUAUGCAGAUAAAGUAAAAUAUAGAGCUUAUUUAGAUACAAUAUUUCCAUGGGAUAUAUUGUAUGAAUGGUUAACAGCAAGUCAUUCAAGUAGAGGAGAAGAUGAAGUUGUAUACUUUAGCAAGAGAGAGUUUUCAGUUUCGUCAAAGGGUAUCAAUUACAAGACGGGCAAGGAACAAGAGUUUUGGAACCGUCACAAAUCAUUUACAAACAUCGAAGAGUUGAAACCAUUUGCAAUGGGUCGAAUCGAUGAGGUUCGUCAAAAAGCAGAUGUACCCGAGAAACUGGAUAUUGGUGCUGUGUAUAAUCACGAGCCAUCACGUAUGGGUGCAUUUAUGGAUUACCGUCCAGUGUGUCGUGAGUUGGUGUUUGAUAUAGACAGUAACGACUAUGACGAGGUGCGUACCUGUUGCAAGGGUAACACUCUGUGUCCUAAAUGCUGGCGUCUACUAGCAGCAGCUAUCCGUAUGUUGCAAGUUGGUUUACGUGACUCUUUUGGUUUCGAACACUUUAUGCCUAUCUUUUCGGGUGGUCGUGGUGUCCAUCUUUGGGUGUGUGACCCCAACGCUAUGAUGAUGACCGAGGACAUGCGUCGAGCUGUACUCGGCUACUUUAGGUUGUCGGAUCAGUCACCUGUGUCACCCGACGACAUGCACCCCAUCGCCAAAGACCUCUUUGACAAUAUCUUUUUGCCGCUCUUCCAAGACCACCUGCUCGAAGACCAACAGAUCCUGUCCGACGACAAGCAGAUCGAAGCAAUCCGCUCCAUCAUGCCAGCCACUUUCAAAAUCAAGACAGGCGACGCUAAAAAAAAGGUAGAGUUUUCUCCACGCGACAUUAUCAACCAGAUCUUGGACAAGUCAUCACUCACGGUCCAAGAGAAAUGGAAAUCAAUCUACGAUACCUUUGAUAAAAAUAGUGCAUUUGAAUUGAUCUACAAGAUUGUCAUCCAUUUCUCUGCUCCAAGAUUAGAUGAAGCUGUCACUGUUGGUGUUAAUCAUCUUUUAAAAUCCCCUUUUUGUAUUCAUCCAAGAACUCGUAUUAGAUUAUGUGUACCAAUUUCAUUAAAGGAAAUCGAAACAUUUAAUCCAGAUACCGUUCCAACACUCGAACAAUUGACAGAAAAUCCAACCAUCAUCAACAAGUUUAGAUCAAUCUUUAAGAAUUUUGUAAAUAAUUUACGUAAUCAACAAAAAAUGGAUACUGAUGCUUUUUAA